AUGUUUUUGGGAACUCUUGGGCUUGAGGAAUGGAGUGUAAAGAGCUGGGUGGAGACAUCGCAUUACGGUACACCUUCCAGUGGAGCAGAAACUAACAGUCGUAGAUUACCCAGAAAAUCCCAAAAUGAUUCAUUUAUAACAACAUUUCUAGAAAAAUUGCCAAAGCUUCCUAGUCACUAUUGUCGCAAAGACACUACAAAGUUGUACCUUGAACAUGAGUUUUCUAGUUACUCAGACUUAUAUAAAGCUUUCGUGGAUUAUUCAAAAACACAAAACACAGCACCAGCCAGUAGAAAUACAUUAAUAAAGUGGGUACAUAAAAAGAAUAUUGGUAUAUUCAAGCCUCGCAAGGAUCGGUGUGAUACAUGUGUACAGUAUGAAUCUCAAAAAGAAAAAAAUGAUGAUAAAGAAAAAGCAAUGCAGGGAGUCUGUCAUGUUAUUACAGUAGAUCUGCAAGCCGUUAAAAAGUUUAUGGAGCAAGUAAAGUUACUUAUUUUGAUAGAACCUUUUUGUUCCAGCGUGCGCUUGUUCAACAUGAAAUAA